AUGCGUCUUCUCAAUCUCAUCGCGACUGCGUUUCUGAGUUCUUUUACUGCAGCUUCACGAACUCCAGAUGCCUCUUCUCAACUUCGUACAAGAUUUGUAAAUGGCACUCAUGAAAAAGCAAUCACACCAAAAGUUUUCAUUGUGGACAUGUUUUCAGAUGAAGGAGAAGCAUGGUAUGGGAUCAAAGAAUUUGAUAUUCUGGCCAGGAAUAUCACUGUGCCUGGUAUAAGUCCACUUUUCCCCGACGUACAUUGUACACAGGACGGAGAAAUUUGCCAAGUUGUAACUGGAGAAGGAGAAAUCAAUGCUGCUGUGACAAUCAAUUCUAUUGCAUAUUCGCCCCUCUUCGACUUGAGCCAGACCUACUUCCUCAUUGCGGGUAUUGCAGGUGUGUCUCCUAAGGUAGCCACUAUUGGUGCUGUAACAUUUUCUCGUUACGCUGUAUCUGUAGCUCUUCAAUAUGAGAUGGAUGCCAGAGAAAUGCCUUCUAAUUGGACCACUGGAUAUUGGCCUCAAGGAGCUUAUUCACCAACAGAAACAGUGGCUGAAAUUUACGGUACUGAAGUGUUUGAAGUCAAUGAACCACUACGACAGAUCGCCAUGGAUUUUGCCCGAACUGCUGUUUUAAAUGACACCGCCGAUGCAAUGAGCUAUCGAGCUCUAUACGGUGCCACCGAAGCAUAUGCUCUCGGUGCUCAACCACCUUCAGUUGUGGCUUGUGACACCGCAACCUCAGAUGUCUACUUCACGGGAGAGCUACUCGCCGAUGCGUUCGAAAAUACCACCUCGCUGUGGACAAAUGGCAGCGGUAUUUACUGCACUACGCAACAAGAAGACAACGCCACUCUGGAGGCUCUUCUUCGAGCUGCCACUAAUAGUCUUGUUGAUUUCUCCCGUAUCAUCAUCAUGCGUACCGCAUCUGACUUUGAUCGUCCUCAUGCCAAUCAAACCAUCUUGGAUAAUCUUUUCGAACAAGACCAAGGUUAUGAUCCAUCUAUCCAGAAUAUUUAUUUAGCUGGUGUGAAGGUGGUUGAGGGCAUUGUGAAUGGCUGGAAUAGUACAUUUGCUGGAGGUGUUGAAGCUACUAACUAUGUGGGGGAUAUACUUGGUACGCUAGGUGGCGAACCAGAUUUUGGACCAGGCUCAGUCUUUCCAAAAAGGAAGAUGAAGCAAAGGAGGGGUGCGAGGCGCCACUAA